CGCGGGCGGGCGGCAGCGGCGGCGCGGCCCCCUCAGAGGGGCGCUGGUGCGCGGGCUGAGGCGCCGCGGCCGGGUGGGGACGCGAGCCCUGCGGGAUGAGCGGCGCCGGGGACCGCGGCCCCGAGGCGGGCGCUGCCCAGGCCGAGUCCCCGGGCGCGGCGCUGAGCGUGGACGUGGCGGGGCUGCUGGCGCAGCUGGCGCGCAGCUUCGCGCUGCUGCUGCCGGUGUACGCGCUAGGCUACCUGGGCCUGAGCUUCAGCUGGGUGCUGCUGGCGCUCGGGCUGCUCGUGUGGUGCCGGAGGAGCCGCGGCCUCAAGGCGACGCGCCUGUGCCGUGCGCUGGCGUUGCUGGAAGACGAGGAGCGCGCCGUGCGCCUGGGGGUGCGCGCCUGCGACCUGCCCGCCUGGGUUCAUUUUCCAGACACUGAGAGAGCAGAAUGGCUAAAUAAGACUGUAAAACAUAUGUGGCCAUUUAUUUGCCAGUUUAUAGAGAAGUUGUUUCGAGAAACCAUAGAGCCAGCUGUGCGAGGAGCGAACACCCACCUCAGCACCUUUAGUUUCACAAAAGUUGAUGUGGGUCAGCAGCCACUCAGGAUCAAUGGUGUUAAGGUGUACACUGAAAAUGUGGACAAAAGGCAAAUUAUUUUGGACCUUCAGAUUAGUUUUGUAGGGAACUGUGAGAUUGACUUGGAGAUCAAACGAUAUUUUUGUAGAGCUGGUGUGCAAAGUAUACAGAUUCAUGGUACAAUGCGGGUGAUCCUGGAGCCGUUGAUUGGAGACAUGCCCUUAGUGGGAGCCUUGUCUGUCUUCUUCCUUAGGAAACCACUGAUAGAAAUUAACUGGACAGGACUGACUAAUCUUCUGGACAUCCCUGGAUUAAAUGGUCUGUCGGAUACCAUCAUUCUGGAUAUAAUAUCAAACUAUCUGGUGCUUCCCAAUCGGAUCACCGUUCCUCUUGUCAGUGAAGUUCAAAUAGCACAGUUGAGGUUUCCUAUACCAAAGGGUGUUCUAAGGAUACAUUUUAUUGAAGCUCAGGAUCUUCAGGGGAAAGAUACUUAUCUUAAGGGACUCGUCAAGGGAAAGUCAGACCCCUAUGGAAUUAUUCGAGUUGGCAACCAGAUCUUCCAAAGCAAGGUCAUCAAAGAAAACCUCAGUCCAAAGUGGAAUGAGGUAUAUGAGGCUUUAGUCUACGAACAUCCUGGACAGGAACUAGAGAUUGAGCUGUUUGAUGAAGACCCAGACAAGGAUGACUUCUUAGGAAGUCUGAUGAUUGAUCUUAUUGAAGUUGAAAAGGAGCGCCUUUUAGAUGAAUGGUUCACCCUGGACGAGGUCCCCAGAGGAAAGCUGCACUUGAAACUGGAGUGGCUCACGUUGAUGCCAAAUGCCUCAAACCUUGAUAAGGUGCUGACAGACAUCAGGGCUGACAAAGACCAAGCCAAUGAUGGUCUUUCCUCUUCAUUGCUGAUCUUGUAUUUGGAUUCAGCAAGGAACCUUCCGAGUAACCCAUUAGAAUUUAACCCUGAUGUCUUGAAGAAGUCUGCAGUUCAGAAAGCUUUAAAGUCAGGGAAGAAAAUAAACAGCAAUCCAAACCCUCUUGUCCAGAUGUCAGUUGGACACAGGGCCCAGGAGAGCAAGAUUCGGUACAAAACCAAUGAACCCGUAUGGGAAGAAAACUUCACCUUCUUCAUUCACAAUCCCAAGCGCCAAGACCUUGAAGUUGAGGUCAGAGAUGAACAGCAUCAGUGUUCUCUGGGGCAUCUGAAGAUCCCUCUCAGUCAGCUGCUUACCAGCGAUGAUAUGACUAUGAACCAGCGAUUUCAACUCAGCAAUUCAGGUCCAAACAGCACUCUGAAGAUGAAGAUCGCCCUCAGGGUACUCCACCUUGAAAAGCCAGAAAGGUCUCCAGACCACCAACACUCAGCUCAAGUAAAGCGACCCUCUGUUUCCAAAGAAGGGAGAAAAAUAUCUGUCCGGUCUCAGAUGUCCACAUCGCCAGGCUCUGGUGAGAGCAGCACAGCCCCGUGCACACCGGUCAUCGGUGGCAGCCAUAAGUCUGGCAUGGAAGAGAGAGCCCAGCCUGUGGAGGCCAGCCCCCAGGGCCCACGCGACCUGGGCAGGAGUUCCUCCAGCCUCCAGACCAGUGCCACCUGCUCCCCCAGCCAUGUCUCCGUUAAGGAGCCCACUCCAAGCAUAGCCUCGGACAUCUCCCUGCCCAUCGCCACCCAGGAGCUUCGGCAGAGGCUGCGGCAGCUGGAGAAUGGGACGACACUGGGGCAGUCGCCCCUGGGGCAGAUACAGCUGACCAUCCGGCACAGCUCGCAGAGAAACAAGCUCGUGGUGGUCGUGCACUCUUGCAGAAAUCUCAUUGCCUUCUCUGAGGACGGCUCUGACCCCUACGUCCGCAUGUAUCUGUUACCGGACAAGAGGAGGUCAGGAAGGAGGAAAACACACGUGUCAAAGAAAACACUGAACCCCGUGUUUGACCAGAGCUUUGAUUUCAGUGUUUCAUUACCAGAAGUGCAGAGGAGAACACUGGACGUAGCAGUGAAGAACAGUGGCGGCUUCCUGUCCAAAGAUAAAGGGCUUCUUGGCAAAGUGCUGGUCGGUCUGGCGUCCGAAGAACUGGCCAAGGGCUGGACGCAGUGGUACGACCUCACAGAAGAUGGCACGAGACCACACGUGGUGACGUAGUCCCUGCCAGGCACGAGGAGCCCACCCGGCGUGUCCACCCACCUUCGUGCGCUCGCGGUGCACCCCUCACAGACACACCAAUAUUGUUUUUAUAAUUUCAGUGUAUUUAGUUAUACAUAUCUUAAUAGUUUUAUAAAACAUGCUGACGUUUCAGGCAUAUUGGCCAAUAUUAUCAUCAAGUUUUGUUGUUUAAUUUCCUGUAGUAUUUCACCAGUUACUCUAGCGUAUAAUAGGGUAGUAGUCAUCGUGUCACGUAAAGCUGUACGUCGUCAUAUUGGCCAGGAAGCAGAUCUGUGUAUAUGCUUGACUGUUGCCUUGUUUUGUACUCACUGAGGUACACUCUGCCAUGUAAAUAGACUAUUUUUUAUAAUCUCUACGUGCUGGUUUGAACUCUGGAGAAAAUGGAUUAAGGAAAUAUAUUUUUUUUCUAAAACUUAUGAAAUUCUUAUGACACAUAAUAAUUUUGUCUUUGCAGGAAAAAGUUCUCGGUGACCAAUUUUAUGGUGUUUCUUUUUAAAAAGAAAAGCUGAAAGAUUAAAUAUUAAAUAAGUAUAGUCUGCCCAUCACAAAUGAAGAAAAUAUUCAAAAUAUUACCACUUUUAUAAAUAGAAAUAAUGUAUUUUUGAGAAGUCAGUUGAAGUGCUUCUAAGGAAACGUGUAACUGAGUGAUACAAAAUACUAAAAGCAUUGUCAUUGUUCAGAAAUCCUAGAGCACUAAUUUGAAGUUUCUUACAUGAAAUGUCUUAAUUGCCUGAUAGAACGUAUUCAUGAAGUAGUACACAGAUACACAGUUAUACUUCCUAAAAUACAACACAAAUUUUCAAUGUUAGCAGUUAGGCUAUUGUGAAAUAGUCGGUCAUAAGGCUUGUUAGUUUUCAGUGUUUUCCCAGCCUGUGAAGACAGACAGGCUCACGUGGUCACCAUAGAGUUUGUGAGGUAGAUCUGGGGAAGGAGGUAGGAAGUUGCUUUAAAAGCCAACAGCUCGUUCAUUCACCCGUCAGUGUGACCUCACACGUUGACAGAAGCCCUGAGCUGGCGCCUGGCUUCCUUUUGCCCAACGCAGAGGCUGCUCUGGGGCCAGACGGUGGCUCUGUUGUAAAUAACUGUUUCUGCGGUUUCCUCACCUUAUGCCAUGACUGACCUCAGUAUGGGGAUGCUGUGAUACAGGUUUUAUUUUGGAAUAUUUUUUUCUGUUUAGAUCACCAAAAGCACGUUUUACAUCCUCGUGUCCCAGACCUCUUGGGGGGUGAGGCUCCGUGGCAGCGUGUAAGCCGUGCACGCCUGUCAGAAGCACACAUGGACACAGAAAGAGUUUUCAGUGUGUUAAGCUGUAUGAUGCAAAUGACUUCCUCAGCCAUCAGAACAUUCUGAAACCAUGUGUGAGGAUACUGGGGGAACCAAGCUUUGUGAUUGAAAUCGGAGAUCUUACUGUAAAGCGCCUCACGGACUCGUGGGCAGCCCAUGUGACCAAACACACCAAAGUGCCUGUGGUGGACGUUGGCUGUCACCUUGCGUACUCCUGCCUGCCAGCAGAGCUCACGCUUGUUUUAAUUUACACUUUAAACCAUAGGUUUAUCUAUAAUGGAGUCUAUAGCCUCACAGCACGGUUCAUGUAAUCGUAAAGACCAGUGUAAUCUCACUGCUUCCUAUUUAGUGAAACUUCACUAUAAAGCCUCGUUAUAAACCGUUUCCAACAGUAAUGUACAGAAGUUUAUGAAUAUGUUGGCGUACACAUGAAUAUACAUGCACACAAAACAUUUAACUGCGGUGGUAUUUCAGCAGCAAGAUAAAAGCAGGUAAUAAGUCUGGUUGCCUGUCCAUGGUAUUAGAUUUAUUGAAGAUUAUUUUUUUUUCAGUCUGUUGAAGGGCCUCUGGCAUAAUCUGUAAAAAAUGACCACUGACUGGAAUUUAUCAUACCUGUAAUUUUCCCCAACAUCCUAAACAUCUUGUUUUGCAGCCAUGUGCUCACCUUUCGGUAUUAAUUGACCUUAUGGAAUGCUGUAAGCGAUCAGGCAGAAUAGAUACAAGGAAGAGCAGAAAGCCAACAGCAGCAUGAGACCCGCCUUCGCCGCAGGACGGAGGAGCCUGGGGACCCUGGCAGUGGGCUGCCUUCUCUUAAAGGGAAAGAGAGAAAAGGGACGACUCUAAGGACAUAAAACAAAAAACAUUUCCAGGUGUGAUUCUGUCCUGUUUGGCAAAAUGAGCGAUCAAUGGGAAGGACUGGGAAUUCCACUCAAGGCCAGACUCCUCACUCCAGGGUCCCCAAAUCUGUCCCUGUUGCUUAAUGAUCGAUUCAUCUAGGAAAAGGGAACGUUAACUUUUCUGUAUUGAGCCAAACCAAUGGGAGGAAAAUUAACUUAAAUGGAUUUGGAUUCUGUUUGUCCAUGUGGGUUGCUUCUCCUGUGCCUUAGCGUACGGAAGUGUGACGCUGCUGUUCCCAGGUUCCAGGUCAUUGCUGUGCUCCCCGCACUUCUCUCCUCUGCUCUGGGAAUUCGUCCUGCAGAUGCUCUUCAUCAGGAGGUCAGCCCUUCUUCCGGAACCGAAGCUCAGCAUAGACCAGGGCGUAUGCACAUUUAUACUCUGGUUGUCCCCACUGCAAAUGGAAACAGCAGAGGGCUUUUAUUAUUAUUAUAGAAUGUCUUUUUUGAUCAACUAAUUUUACAUGACAGUGCAUGUAUUUAUUCAAUAAACUUUUAUGUUAGCUCA